AUGACGACCAUUCAUCGUAAUCCGCCUUUCCGCGCCGAACAUUUGGGCUCCCUGCUCCGUCCUGCGGAGCUCCUCGUCAAGCGCAACGCUUUCGAGAAGAAUGAUUUGAGCCAGGAAGAACUGACUCGCAUUGAGAAUGAAUCUAUUAACAAGGCCGUAGAGCUACAAAAAGAGUGCGGGUUCAGAGCUAUCAGUGACGGGGAAUAUCGACGCGCUGUAUUUUGGGGAAUCUUCUUUGAAGAGCUCGAAGGUAUGACCGAGAUCCGGAAUCCUUCCAUGGAUAUCUUUCGUCCCUACGUUCCUGAUAUUGCUGGAUUCAUCGAAAAGGGUGACAAGCCGGGGCAAUCUUGCCUCUGCACUGGCAAAAUAAAGCAUACGGGAAAGUCGACACUCAUUGGUCAAUUCGAAUAUUUGAAGACGCUUGUGCCACAAGAGAGAUGGGGGAAUAUCAAGUUGACAAUGAUUGCCCCACCGUGGUAUCAUCUCAGAUACAAGGAUGGCAAGGCGUUCCCCAAAGAAGUCUAUUCCAGUGACGAAGAAUACUUUUCAGAUAUCUCAAAAGCUGUUAGCGCGGAGUUGGACAUCUUGUAUGAAGCUGGAGUCAGGAAUGUGCAGUUUGAUGACCCGAAUUUUGCAUACUUCUGCUCCGAGAAGAUGCUUAAAGGUUGGGAGGAAGACAAAUCCAAUACUAAAACUGCCGAAGAGUUGCUCGAUGCUUAUAUCAAGUGCUAUAAUGACAGCAUAGAGAAACAUACCGCCAAAAUACAUUUUGGUUUACACAUUUGCAGGGGCAAUUUCAUGGGAUCACGUCAUUUCUCUGAAGGAGGUUACGAUCGCAUUGCUACCAAGCUCUUUCGUAACCUUAAUGUAGCAACAUACUAUCUCGAAUACGAUACACCCCGGUCUGGUGGCUUUGGGCCAUUGCUCUACCUCCCACCCCACAAGAAUGUUAUUCUUGGAGUCAUUACAUCAAAAUUCCCAAAACUCGAGGACAAAGAUGAGAUGAAAGCAAGAGUCAUGGAAGCUGCCGACGUUGUAGCAAAAGGAGCAGGACAGACGAGAGAUGAAGCAUUGAAAAGAUUAGGUGUAAGCCCUCAGUGUGGGUUUGCUAGUCAUGAGGAGGGUAAUUUGGUGGGAUGGGAAGAUAUGAAGAAUAAGUUGUUAUUGGUUAGAAGUAUUGCGGAUCAGAUCUGGCCUGGUGAGCCUUGA